UGAGCCAAACUCAAGCCCAGAAAGGGCAAAAGACUUCGAGCCCAAUCUUACAACUCACUAUUUUCAUGGGCUAGGCUAUAUUUCUAAUAAACUAGCCCAAAUCAUAACAAACUGCCGAACGGGGCCAGUUAGAUGUUGCAGAAGCCAGAAGAUCAUAUUGUUCAUUAGUAAUGGGUUUCAAUUCAGCCCAAGCCCAUAUAAGGAAAAAACCUUGUUGCCCAAUCCCGGGAUUAGAGGAAAUCAUGAAACGACUUCGUUUACCAUGUUUUCCUCGUCUGACUUUGAACUGGAAAUUUGCGUCAUUACCCAAAUUUCUUCGCAGCCUCUUCGACAAUGUUGAAGAUGAUAGCAGCCAUCUCCGUGAGCUCAAAUGCUUCUUCACAAAAUUCAUCUUCUCAUCAGAACAUACUCUACAGCAACAAGUUCUUCAGUCCAGUGGAGGAACCACGUCAAGGAAAACCAACUGAUUUCCCAAAUCACAUCAAUCCUCUUACAAAGGCACAAUUGGAUCCCACUCCUUCAAAACCUCAAUCUCUCCUCCAAAUUGACACCUUCCCUCCUCCUGAAAAUCGUAACGAAAACUCAAAAAAGCCCCCAUAUAUGUUUACGCUUCUUCAGCUGGGCCAGAACAAAUCUUGGGUUCAAGCCAGACCUCAAGUUCCAGUGCACAGUCAUCAGGAUUGCAGCCGGGUCGGGUCUCAUCCAAUCCGUGAGACCCACGUUGGAUUCGUUAAUCCAGGACCAUCCUGCAUCGCUUGUUGUUGAGACAAUGAUUCAAGUAUGUGAUAAAGGCAGAGAUUCUCAAUUUGAUGAUUUAAGUUUUCUUAUCGAGGGUUAUUCACAUAAAGGUUUGUUCUUGGAGAGUUUAGAGGUAUAUAAGAAGAUGAGAGUUCAUGGCUGUACCAUUUCAGUUCGUGCCUAUAAUGCACUACUUGAUUGUUUGCAAAGAGGAAGUGAGAUUAGAUUGGCUUGGUGUUUCUAUGGUGCCAUGGUUCGAGAUGAGGUUAUGCCUGACAGGUCUACAUGGUCACUGCUUGCGCAGAUUCUUUAUAGAAAUGGAAAAAUUGAAAAGAUUGCUAGAUUGUUGGACUUGGGUAUUUAUAAUUCUAUUAUGUAUAGUCUUGUUAUUGACUAUUGUAGCAAAAGUGGGGAUUUUGGUGCUGCCUUUGAUAGCUUGAAUGAGAUGAGUGAAAGAAAACUUGACCCUGGAUUUGCUACUCAUAGCUCAAUACUUGAUGGUGCUUGUAAAUUUGGAAAUGACAAAGUGCUUGAGAGAGUGAUGGGUGAAAUGAUGGAGAAGAAAUUGCUUCCUAAUAGUCCUUUAUCUGAAUAUGAUUCAAUCAUUCAGAAGCUCAGUGAUUUGGGGAAGACUUAUGGGGCAGAUAUGUUUUUUAAUAAAGCUUGUGAUGAGAAGAUUGUACUACAGGGAGCAACUUAUGGUUGUAUGUUAAGGGCAUUGUCCAAAGCUGGAAGAGUUAAGGAAGCGAUUGGGAGUUAUCGCAUGAUUUCAGAAAUGGGAUUUACAGUGAAGGGUGGUAGUUAUCAUGCAUUUGCAAAUGUUCUAUGCAUAGAGGAUCCACCUGACGAGGCUUGUGAACUGUUGAUGGAUAUCAUAAGAAAAGGAAUUAGUCCUUGUGCUUCAGAUUUGUCAAAGUUCUUAACUUCUCAAUGUAAUAAACGCAAAUGGAGGGAUGUGGAAGAACUGUUAGAUGUGAUUCUGGAAAAAGGGUUAUUGCCAGAUUCACUCAGUUGUUGCUCCUUGAUGAUGCACUACUGCGGUACCAGACGGAUUGACAAAGCUAUUGCAUUGCAUAACAAGAUUGAAAAACUGCACUGCAGUUUGGAUGUAACAACUUAUAAUGUAUUUCUGGAUGGUCUAUUCAGGGGAAGGAGGGUUGAAGAUGCCAUCAAGGUGUUUGGUUACAUGAAAGAAUUAAAAAUGGUGAAUGGUUCAAGUUUUAUAGCUAUGAUCCGAGGGCUUUGUCGCAUCAAGAAACUGAGGAAGGCAAUGAAGAUUCAUGAUGAAAUGUUGAAGUUGGGACUUAAGCCAGCUAAAGCUACAUAUAAACGCUUGAUAUCAGCAUUCAAGCCAUAGAACUUCCCCUUAAGACUUUUUUUCCCAUGAACGAACUUGUAGUUUCUGUUUUUACUCAUUUGUCUUGUAAAAUUGGACCAAGACUUGCGGCCAUUGUAGUGCAAAGUGCAAACUUGCUUCACUGUAUACAUACCGAGAAUUAUGGAGUUUGGAUCCUUCAAAUGAUAGUUUGCAUUGGUUGUCU